AUGUCGGGGGAAGCACCUCGAACUAGGCACCGGUCGAAGUCAGCACCCAGGGGCAGAAGUCCUGCCCCAAAAGCUUUGAAGAAAGCUUCGAAGGCUGCUGGCCUUGUUACCCCACCACCAAGACCCACUAGGGGGGGAAGUGGAAGUUCGAAGGAAGAAUCUAGCGCCCGAAGGAAGAUUUCUUUCAAAGAGGCACCCAAGGUUACACCCAUCAUAGCGGAAUACAAAGCCGGCGGAUCCAACAUCUCCGAGAAGGAAGCCGAUGAAGUCUUUCAAGCCAUUAAGGCCAAGGAGACAAAGAAGAAGAGACCAAAAGAUGCAAAGGACAAAGACGCAAAGAAGGCAAAGAAAGAAGAGAAGGAAAGCAAGAAGGAUGAUGAGCAGAAGAACGAGGCAAAGAAAGAAGAGAAGGAACGCAAGAAGGAUGAUGAGAAGAAGAGCGAUGCAAAGAAAGAAGAGAAGAAAAGCAAGAAGGGUGAUGAGAAGAAGAGCAUGGCAAAGGAGGAAGAGAAGAAAAGCAAGAAGGGUGAUGAGAAGAAGAGCGAGGCAAAGGAGGAGGGGAAAAAGAGCAAGGAAAAGGAUGAGCAGAAGAAAAGCAAGAAGGGUGUUGAGAAGAAGAGCGAGGCAAAGGAGGAGGAGAAAAAGAGCAAGGAAAAGCAGGAUGAGAAGAAAAGCAAGAAGGGUGAUGAGAAGAAGAGCGAGGUAAAGGAGGAGGAGAAAAAGAGCAAGGCAAAGGAGGAUGAGAAGAACAGCAAGAAGGAUGAUGAGAAGAAGAGCGAGAAAAAGAAGAAGGCAAAGGAGGAUGGUAAGAAGAGCGAGGCAAAUAAGGAUGAGAAGAAGAGCAAAGCAAAGGAGGACAAGGAGGAAAGCGAGGAGACUGAGGAUGACAGCAGCUGCAGGGUUAGUGAGUCGUCUAGUUUGAGUGAAUGCAGCAGUGAAGACAGCAGUGGAGAAGGAGGGAGCCAUGAAGUGGAGGAGGAAGAUGAUGAAGAGCAGGCCAGCGAUGAUGAAGAGCAGGCCAACAAACCAACCACCAUAUUGAAGAAUCCAGCGUUGAAUCGUGGUGAAGCUGAUGAGGAAGACGAGGAGGAUGAUAGCGAUCAGGAGGAGAAAGAGGAGGAGGAAACAAAUGAGAAUGACUCCGAAGAAGGAUCGGAUGAGGAAGCUGAUGAGAGCAGCAACGAUGAUGAACCAGAGGAAGACCAGGAAGACGAAGACGAUGUUGAAAACAGUGAGUCAGAGGCAGAGAGUUCAGAAGAGGCGCCAAAGAAAGGUGUCAAGAGGAAAGCAGAGGUGAAGGAUCGGAAGAAGCAAAAAAAGGAAGGGCCAGAGGAAAAGAGCCAGAGGAAGGACAAGGAAAAGAAGAAAAAGAAUGAAGAGGAGGAAGAAGAGGAGGAGGAGGAACAGAAAACGGAAGAGACAACUCAGAAGAAAAAGAAAAAGAAGUCUAAAGAAAGCAAAGGAGAAGACGGUGUGCGCAACAGCAGCACCCACAGAAAGGAGUGGCAGGCCUAUGGUAGGUGGCUGAAGAACAAAAGACGGUGCCCGGCAAAGAUCAUUGCCGCGACAAAGGACAAGGAGACCAGAGACAAGAUCUUCCUCGAAUACUUAGAUUGUGGCUGCAACUUCGCGGAGGUUGAGGCCCGAUUCGAGCAAAAGUUGGAAGAGUCUCAACGAACCCAGGUUCGAUGGGGCUUUAGAAACGACCAGUGGCUAGUGAAACAUCACGGAGAGCGCAAAGCCAACAAGAUCAUGGCACGAAAGAAGGACCUAGGAUUGACCAUUCCAGACCCAGAGUUCCCCGGAGAAGACGAACAUCUAUAUUUCGUCAUGGUGGAGCUGAAUUUGGAUGACAUUCGGGAACUGAAGAGGGUAACCUCGCUGGAGCUUCAGGGCACUCUUGACCCAGCGGGUCUGAAGGCCUUUGUCGAGGAGGGUGAGGUGGUGGAACCGGAGUCACCACUUUCAAAGGCACAAAACCUGCUGGCCCAAGUGAUGAAGGAUUCAAACCAAUGCAGGGACCAAGCCUUUAAGUUGAAGCCGCUGAACUUAUCAUCGGAUCUUAUCAAGCAGCUGAGAGCUUGUGCGGUGAAGCUUGAUGCUGAAGCGGAGCAGCUCCAGGGAAUGAUUCACAAGAAGCUCAACAGGAAUAAGGACUAUGUGGAAGACAUCAAGAAAGUUGUGACCGAGCGGCUGUCAUUGGCGAAAGCCCUUGUGAGAGUCAUAGCUGCAGCUGAUGGCUGUCGAGAUGCCAAACAGCUGGUUGCUGAUGGUUUGGAUUGCAACUUGGCCCGCGAGAUGACGCGCUGGCACUAUGGAGGUGACAUGUGUGAAGAGUACUGGCGGAAUUGUGAACACUUGGAAUUUUUCCAGAAAAUCAAUCUUCCCAGGAACCAGUACCGGACUUGCGUGUAUGAUGGGUGUUACCAAGAUGAGGAUCUAAUGAAAGAGGUCGGUCGGAUAGCGAGCAGAACGCAUGUGAAUACUUUAGAGAAGACAACGCUGUCUAGGUACCGAGCCUACUUGCAACUUUUUGUUCACGCAAACCGGCAGUGA